CAUGCUCCAAAACAACCCCCACAUCCUCGCUCAAAUCCGUAACUUCCUCGGUGGCGACCGCCGCAUUGUGUUCCGGUCUUCCAACCCCCACGACUUGGCCGACGAUGAUGACGAUGAUGACGAUUUCAGCCCAACACACCGCUGGCAACCAAAGCCGCAUGCGGAGCCCGUCCCAGCCGGCACAAAACUCCUCAACUGCGGCGAAUUCGGACCAAACCGACCCCCACCCCCAACCCGAAAACGCCGUCUCUCGACCUUCUCCACAGUCCUCGACCGUACAACUCUCCCCUCCACCUCCCCGUCUCGCAAACCCUUUCUCAGACGCUUCUUCACGCCCAACCACAAUGGACGCUUGAUUACGCGGCAAUCGUCCCGUGCGUAUAGUGGACAAUUCAGCGCGGAUGGAUCCAUCUUCUAUACCUGUUCCCAGGAUUUUAGAGUCAGGUUGUACGACACCCGCGACACUCGUGCCACGAAAUGGCCGCUCUACAAAGUUAUCAGGAGUGAUACGGGACGGUGGACAAUCACAGAUGCCUCUCUCUCUCAGGAUAACCAGUUUAUCGCGUGGUCGUCUAUCACCCCGAUCGUGUAUAUCGCACCCCUUCAAGGAGUUGAUGCGGUGGAUGAGGGUGAUCAUACGCAGACUGCGUUGGAUUUCUCAAAUACGGGGGAGAUGCAUGCGGGGAUCUGGUCACUCCGCUUCUCACCUAACAACAAAGAACUCAUCGCCGGUGCCUCUGACUCCUCGCUCCACGUGUUCGACAUCGAGGCGAAUCGGGUGGUACUCUCACUCCCCGGGCAUUCAGACGACGUCAACGCCGUCUCCUUCGCCGACGCCUCCUCAAACAUCCUCGUUUCCGGCUCCGACGAUUGUCUAUUGAAAGUCUGGGACCGCCGCUCCCUCGGUAUUUCCGGUACCAAAGAAUCCGGUAUCCUCCUCGGACACACCGAAGGCGUGACCUUCGUCGAAGGCCGCGGCGACGGCCGAUACGUCCUCUCAAACUCAAAAGACCAGACGAUGAAACUCUGGGAUCUUCGUCGCUUGACGUCCGUAGAGAAGUUCGAUGCGACGGCUCAGGUGGAGUAUGCGAGACAUAAUGGAACUCAUUUCGAUUAUCGGUAUAUGCGGUAUCCGGGGCCGAGGGUGGAGAGGGUUGAGGGUGAUACGUCUGUCGUCACGUACCGCGGACACUCUGUCCUCAAAACGCUGAUCCGGUGUCAUUUCGCGCCUGAGGGGUGCGGCGGCAAAGUUAUCUCUGGAAGCGAGGACGGGAAAGUCCAUAUUUACAACCUCGACGGUACAGUCUCACAAAUCCUCGACGUAACUGCCGGAAUGCGCGACGCGGCCCGACUCCACUUCUCCUCCUCCUUCCCACCCUCCGAUGACCCCCACGACGAUUCUGAGAUCAGAAGGGAACGGGCGAAGAGGGAGAGGUUGUGGAUGGGAUUUGGGAGAGCGUGUGUGAGGGAUGUUAGUUGGCAUCCGGAUGGGGAUUGUAUUGCGAGCACGAGUUGGCUUGGGGAGGGGGAUGCGGGUGGGGCUGUUAUGGUGCAUGAGUGGAGGGAGGGUGGGGGAAACGCGGAUGGAGAGGAGUGGGAGGAGGUACCGGAGCUGGAGGGGGAGGAGGAGGAGGAUAGUGAUGAGAGUUAUGUGGAUGAGUAGAUUUUGUGUUGGGCGGAUAUUGGUCAAGGGAUUUCUGGAAUUACUGAUAGUAUGGCGUUAUUUGCUACGAGACUUUUCAAUCGAAAUGCGUUUUGUUUAUUGGUGA